CUAACAAACAUAAAAAAACAAUCAUCAGAGAUACCAAGAGAUCACCUUUUGUACUAACCCAGAAAAUCUCUAAUUUUUAGGGUUUCUACCCAUUUCUUUUUUACCUUUCUUUACUCAAAACCUGCAAUUUUAAACCAAUUUGAUCCAUCUCCAACUCAUAAUUAUUUCUUCCAGUUUUUCCUUUUUUUUUUUAGCUAAGUUGGUUUCAAGCUUAUUGUCUUCACAUGGCUUCUUCAUCUUCAGGUGCUUUUUUUUGUUCUUUUCUUUUUGUUUGGUAGCUGAGAAAAUGAGGGAAAUGGUAUCGCUUGCUGCUGUUCUGUGAGCAAGUUCUGGGUGUAUAUUCUUGUGUUAUAGGGUUUUGUUUCUUCAAAUCAAUGGUGCCAGAAGGCUAGUGGGAAUUAUGGGCUGUUUCUUGACUGUUAAUCGACUCAAUGGUUCAUCGUGCCAAAAGCUCUUAUUGUUUGUAUUUUGGCUAUCCAGUUUUCAAGAUGUUGCAUCAAUUCAGACUCUGCUUAAACCUAGUCACGUUUCUUCUACAUCUGAGUUAGCUACUCCACCUCUUACUGGUCUUUUUGAUCCCAUAGAAAUAUCACCGGCUGUUUUCCCCCAUUACCCCUAUCCUAAUGAAUCUUUGCCACCUAUGUACCCAACUUUUCCCACCACAUAUGAACCAAAUUUAACUGGGAAUUGUCCUGUAAAUUUCUCUGCUAUGUCAGAUCUCAUAUUUAAGACAGCAUCUGACUGCUCUCUGCCCUUAGCAGCUCUUGUAGGAAAUGUUAUAUGUUGUCCGCAACUUAACAGUUUACUGCACAUCUUCCAGGGAUAUUACAGCAUCAACUCUGAUAAGCUGGUUUUGGGGAAUGUUGUUGCUAAUGAUUGUUUUUCAGAUAUCAUUAGUAUCUUAACCAGCAGAGGGGCCAAUAGCACAAUACCUAAACUUUGUUCUGUAAAGUCAGCAAAUCUCACUGGUGGGUCUUGUCCUAUAAAGGAUGUAGCUAGCUUUGAGAAAAUAGUUAAUACAAGCAAGUUACUGGAAGCCUGUAUGUUUGUCGAUCCUCUUAAAGAGUGCUGCAGACCAAUUUGCCAGUCUGCAAUUAUGGAAGCAGUUCUUCAAAUUUCUAAUACACGAUCGAUGAUCAAUGAGAACAAAGAGUUAAUGAAUGAGCCUAGUCGUGUUGAUACUGUCAGUGACUGUAAAAGUGUGGUUUAUUCGUAUCUCUCUAGGAAGCUCUCAGCAGAUGCUGCCAAUAGUGCAUUUCGAACAUUAUCUGCCUGCAAAGUUAACAAGGUUUGUCCUUUGAAUUUCACAGAGCCAUCUGAGGUAAUUGAAGCAUGUCGCAAUGUUGCUGCUCCUAGUCCUUCUUGUUGUAGCUCAUUGAAUACUUAUAUUGCUGGGAUACAAAAGCAAAUGCUAAUUACAAACAAGCAAGCCAUAAUCUGUGCAACAGUGUUUGGGUCCUUGCUACGGAAAGGUGGGGUCAUGACAGAUGUAUUCGAGCUCUGCGACAUUGACUUGAAAGAUUUUAGCAUCCAAGAAUAUACUCAACAAGGGUGUCUACUUCGUAGCUGGCCUGCAGAUGUUGUAUUUGACAAUUCAACAGGAUUCAGCUUCUCUUGUGACUUGACUGACAACAUAGCAGCCCCAUGGCCGACUUCAUCUUCCAUGUCAACCUUGUCUCUUUGUGCUCCAGAAAUGUCUUUACCUGCACUGCCAACAUCAGAGACAUUAAAAAAUCCUGGCAAUCGCGAUGGUGGAUUGGAGUUUGCGGUGCCCAUUUUUUCAUUUUUUAUUUUCAGUACAUUGUUGUACUGAAAAAGACUCGAGUUGAGGGAUGAAAACGAGUUUGGAAUAGGUACUUCUGGGGAAUUGAUCAUGUCCGGGAAUCUUACAUGUAUUAUAUGUUGGGUAGCUUCCAUGUAUAGCAUUUUUUUCUUUUUUAUUUACCUUGUGUUUUUUCUUUCAAGCUAUUUUUGUCCUUGCCUCUCUUUCCUUUCUAAUGUCAAUUGGUUUUGUUUAGAA